AAACAGCGCCACCGCGAGAAAGGAGCCGGCAGCACGUUGGUUCCUGCGCGGAUGCUGCGGUUGUAGGCGCCGUUUGGUUGGCUGGUUGCGGCUCUCAGGGAGGAGGACGCCAGGGCUCGCUUUCCGUCCGCUGCCUCCGCCGCUGCUAUGAUUCCGGUGUCGCUGCUGGUGGUGGUGGUGGGCGGCUGGACUGCUGUGUACCUGACCGACUUGGUGCUGAAGUCAUCUGUGUAUUUUAAGCAUUCCUAUGAAGACUGGCUGGAAAACAAUGGAUUGAGCAUCUCCCCUUUUCACAUAAGAUGGCAAACUGCUAUUUUCAAUCGUGCCUUUUACAGUUGGGGACGGCGGAAAGCAAGGAUGCUUUACCAGUGGUUCAAUUUUGGAAUGGUGUUUGGAGUAAUUGCCAUGUUUAGCUCUUUUUUUCUCCUGGGGAAAACACUGAUGCAGACUUUAGCACAAAUGAUGGCUGACUCUUCUGCUUCUUAUUCUUCCUCCUCUUCUUCCUCCUCCUCUUCCUCCUCCUCCUCUUCUUCUUCCUCCUCCUCUUCUUCCUCUUCCUACUCACUUCACAACGAACAGGUGCUACAGGUUGUGGUUCCUGGUAUAAAUUUACCUGUCAACCAGCUGACCUAUUUCUUUGCUGCAGUCCUCAUUAGUGGUGUUGUACAUGAAAUUGGACAUGGGAUAGCAGCUAUUAGGGAACAAGUUCGAUUUAAUGGCUUUGGGAUUUUUCUCUUCAUUAUUUAUCCUGGAGCAUUUGUUGAUCUGUUCACCACUCAUUUGCAACUUAUAUCACCAGUCCAGCAGCUAAGGAUAUUUUGUGCAGGUAUCUGGCAUAAUUUUGUCCUUGCACUCCUGGGUAUUUUAGCUCUUGUUCUCCUCCCUGUAAUUCUCUUGCCCUUUUACUACACUGGAGUCGGAGUGCUUAUCACUGAAGUUGCUGAGGACUCACCUGCCAUUGGACCCAGAGGCCUUUUUGUGGGAGACCUUGUCACCCAUCUACAGGAUUGCCCUGUUACUAAUGUACAAGAUUGGAAUGAAUGUCUAGAUACCAUCGCCUAUGAACCCCAAAUUGGUUACUGCAUAAGUGCGACAACUUUACAACAGUUAAGCUUCCCAGUUAGAGCAUACAAACGGCUAGAUGGUUCGACUGAAUGCUGUAACAAUCAAAGCCUCACAGAUGUGUGCUUUUCCUACAGAAAUAAUUUUAAUAAGCGUUUGCAUACAUGUCUACCUGCACGGAAAGCAAUUGAAGCCACCCAAGUUUGUAGAACCAAUAAGGAUUGUAAAACAAGCUCAAGUUCAAGUUUCUGCAUAGUACCUUCUUUGGAAACUCAUACUCGCUUAAUAAAAGUGAAACACCCUCCUCAGAUCGAUAUGUUGUAUGUGGGACAUCCACUGCACCUUCACUACACAGUGAGCAUCACCAGUUUUAUCCCACGUUUUAACUUUCUAAGCAUAGAUCUGCCUGUGGUUGUGGAGACAUUUGUCAAGUACCUGAUUUCCCUCUCCGGAGCUCUGGCUAUUGUGAAUGCAGUGCCCUGCUUUGCUUUGGAUGGACAGUGGAUUUUAAACUCUUUCCUGGAUGCUACCCUUACCUCAGUGAUUGGAGACAAUGAUGUCAAAGAUCUGAUAGGAUUUUUCAUCUUGCUUGGUGGCAGUGUACUUUUGGCUGCCAACGUGACCCUGGGACUCUGGAUGGUUACAGCACGGUAAUAUUCACACUCAUCUGACAGAAUCUCCGAGUUACAAUAGGCAAUAUAGAAAACCGUUACUUGAUAUGAAAUAUAAAGUGUUUCCUUAAAAAUUACAUUUUAGCCAACAACUUGAAGCUCCUCCUAUAUCCAUAGUAUCCAAACUCUGGGUUGGGGGAUAAAUAGAAGAAAUGCAAGGUAUAGUUCUUGAAUCCAUUCUAGUUUUAAAGACUGAACUUACAAAUUUCAGAUGCUUGUAAAACAGUUUCUAAACAAAUACAGAUUCGUGUAACCAUUUUGUGUGACUGUCAUGUCACAUUAGUUUAAAUUAGUUUAAAUUAGAAUUAGUUGGAAUUAAUAGGGGAAAUUUUCUUGAAAAAGCAUAGAUUUGAAGAAGAUCAGGCUUUGGCCAAGUAGAAGGGUGAGCAUUUUCUUGGCCUAUAUCUCUUCCCCUUUGUCUUGUUUGAAAAGUAUUUUAAAAUUUAAUGGUGUAUUAUUUUGUACUCUGACAACUGAGGUCUGAUUACAAUUAAUAAACUUCUAUAAAAGAA